AUGGAGGUGGCCGCCGAGGAUGCAGAGGGCGCGCUAGUGGAGAGCGCCCCAGGCCUCGUCGAUGCUGGGGGCAUGUGCCGCUGCGGCGCCUUCGACGAUCAAGACAGGCCGCAGGGGGGGCAUGCGCUGCGGGUCGACGGGGUCUACGCCCCGACCAGCGGAGGCCGUUUCGCGCGGGCCUCGCAGAUCUGCUGCAGUGAUGGAUACUGGUCGUGGUGGAUGGCGCACCCAGUCGAGCAGGGCGGUGCUGGUCGUGUGCUGUAUCACUUCUGUGUCCGCGAGAUGUGUGCGGCAGAGCCGCCAGCUCCCAGGGUCACGGUCAUCCGCGUCUCCGAGUUCGAGGAGGUCGACGCUGCCGAGCUGGCGGAGUUCUACAGGGAGGGCAAGGGCACUGACUCCUGGGCCAGCUGGCCCGAGGACCUCGGGCCCGAGCCAGGAGGAGACUUGGUCGAGAGUGGCUCGCCCGAGGUGGACGAGCACGGCACGCCGCUGGACAGCCGCGGCUCAGCAGCCACCCCGCUGGAGGCCGCGGGGGCUCGGCUGGCAGCUGGCGAGCCCGAGGCGCGCGACGCGGGGGCCCUGCGCGCCCGCCUGAAGCGGCUGCGCGGCGCGCUGCAGCCUGGCCAGGGCGGGGCGGUGACGCGGCCGCUGGAGGAGGUCGUUCAGGAGCGCGCCGGCAAGCGGCGGCCGCCUGACGUGCUCGCCGGGCCUGCAGGUCCUGCGUCUGCCGCAGGCGCUGGCGGGAGUGGCGAAGGGCCUCUGCUCCAGCUGCUGCUCGAGGCGGCGUCGAGCAAGAGCAGCUCGGCGGACCUCUUGCAGUCGAUGCUCGGUGCCACCAGCGGGGGCAGCGACGGUGCCGUGCCGCGGGGGCUCGCCACUCGCCGAGGUCACUUCCGCCAGAUCGCCGCGAAGUUUCCCGGUCUCCUCUCGGGGCAGGCCCUGGCCAAGAUGAGCGAGUAUGUUACCGCCCAGGUCGGGGAGGAGACGUCCGAGGAGUUUCCGCCGAUCUUCCUCAAGUAUUUCCUCAACGUGUUUAUCCCUCAGAACCCGAUCAAGUCCAUCGGGAUCGAGGUCCACCGUGAGAUGCGGGCGGUGUGCGAGGCAGCGGACGCCAUCUUGUCGGGCAAAACAUCCUAUGCUCUCGACGUGCUGAGCCAGCGCUCCAAGGCGCUGCGGCUGUUCGCGAUUGGCAAGACCUGGUCGGGGGCGCGCUGGCUAGAACUUAUCCCACCGUCGAAUGAGCAGCUGGCCCUCAGGACGGCGGAUGAGGAGAUCGUCCGUACCGUGGAGUUGGGCGAGCUGCGUCUCGAGGAGCUCCUAGCCAAGCUCAAGAAGGGGCCGCCGCGGACAGUGCAGCUGCGCGACGACGACGACUCCAAGGAGAACCCGCACAAGGCGUUCUCCUGGAAGGCCGUCAAAGGGGCCCACCCAAAGAGGCAGGGCGAGACGAGGGGCGCCUACGGCAUGCACCUUAGGACCGCGUACCAGACCAUCAUCGCACACGUUGACGGCUUCCUGGGGGGCCCGCUGGUACGCCAGCCGAGCGUGGACUGGUCCACGAAGGUCUCCAAGCUCAGGGUCGACUUCGCUGGUGAGGAGCAGUGCGAGGCCCUGCCGAUUCGCAUGGCUGAGCUGAUCCCAGGCCUUCCCGAUAAGCAGCACGCCGCGCAGCUCCAGACUGAGGAAUUCGUCGACGAGCACAUCCUGGAGUGGCUUCUGGACCCAGAGGUUGUUACCCUGCCGCCCUCGGAGUGGCCCGAUGCUCCACCUCGAGCGCGGGUCAGCUGCGAGAAGAUGGAGGACUGGCACGAGGCGGACAUCUUCGCGCCGCACGGCCAGGAGGUUUUCAACGGGCUGUUCGCCCGCGAGAAAAAGGGGAAGCCGCUCGAAGGGCAGGUCCGCUGUGCUCGUCUCAUCUUCAACAUGAUACCCUCCAACGCCUACAUCCGGAACAUCGUGGAGGACACAGCGACCCUCGCAGCGUCGACUACAUGGACCAGCAUCCACUUACCAGCGGGGUGCGUCAUGGCAUGGAGCAGCGACGACCAGAAGGGCGCCUUCUACGUGUGGAAGCUGCCCCCAGCGUGGUGGGGCAGGAUGGCCGCGUCGGCGCCUGCGCCUGCUAGCGCCGCGGGGCUUCCAGGCGACCACCUCGUCUAUGUCGCGUUUCGGGUCAUCCCCAUGGGCUGGGUCCUGGCGGCCACCCUGCAACCAGCUCACGCGUGGUGGCAGGUCUACAGAGACGACUUCGACUCCCCCGAGGUCACGCAGGCGGCCGAGGCCUACCGAGAGGUGGGCACGCCUGGCGAGAUGCAGCUCGCCACGCGGCAGGCCCGCGCCAGGGCGGAGGUCGCCUACGCGGAGGACAAGAGCCACGCGAGGCACCUGCAGCUAGAGAGGACGGGCGCCUCUCUUGACGGCAGCGUCGGCACGGUCAGGGCGCCGACUGACAAGACGAUCGAGCUAGUCAGGUACAUCUUGUACGCGCUGGGCCGCGACUACUGCCCGCGGCUGCCCAUGCUCACGCUGUUGGGGCGGGUUGUCAGAGCGCUGGAGUUCAGGAGGCCGCUCCUCAGCUGCCUCAACUUGGUCUGGGAGUUCCCGACUAAGACGAGGGGGGGCCGCAUCAACACGGGCAUGCCCCAGGAGCUCCUGAUCUGUGUAGGAUACUUGCCCAUCGCUUGCACCGGCCUGAGGGCCGCGGUGUCGCACGUCGCCACUGUCUCGGACGCCUCGGGGAGCGGCGGAGGGGUGUGUGCCUCCGCGGGCCUGACCUCCUUGGCGGUGGAGCAGCUGGAGGCGGUGCGUUCGGGCGCCAGGACGGGCAUGGGAGUUGCCCGUGGCAGCUCGAGGCUGCCCGUCGACAUCAUCGGCAUGGUUUGCAGUGAGAUAGACAAGCCCGCCAGGCGAGUGGCACGGCUUCGAUGGCCUGGGACCGCGGACUGGGGUGACACCAGGUCCAUCACCGAGGCCGACGUCGUCAAGCUCGCUGACACCUACCACAGCCCGUGCGAUGUCUGCGCAUGCGGUGCAAGCAGCCCCUGCCACGACUUUAGCGGGGUCAACCUCGCCAAGGCAGGGCCUGCGGGAUCCCUCUCCGAGAGCUUAUGCGGGGUUUUACGGGUUCACGGCCUCCUACGCAAGCACUUCAAGGGGAAGUUCGAGUUCUUGGUUGAGAACGUUGCUUCCAUGAGCCCGCAGGACCGGGAGGAAACUACCAAAGAGCUGGGCGUCACGCCGACGAAGCUUUGUUCCUCCGUCCUCGUCCCUGCUUGCCGCCCGCGGUACUACUGGCGCAGUUGGCCGCUCAAGACGCGGGGUGAGAUCACGGUGGAAGAGGCGCGCCAGGGCCGCCGGGACUUUCUGGCGGCGAGGCGCGCCCACGGCACGGUCGUCCCGCUCGAUUGGGCGACCGCAGCCCUGUUCGCGCGGGGGGCCUGCCCGCCAUCCUGGGGCGAGGUCGGCUCUUGCACCAAGGGCGCCGCGGAGUACGACAGGAAGCUCGCGUCGCAGUUCACUGGGGAGUUCCUCGCGCUCAGCGACCGAAGCGGGAGCGACAUCAGGCUGGGCGCCGGCCUACCGCGCCGGCCGCGGGCGUGGCCCCGAGCGAGCACCAGCCCCUUCAACUGGCACUGGCGGGUCGUGGUCUCGCUUCGGUGGCAGGACAAGGGCGACCUCCAUAUCAACGCCCGCGAGCUGCAGGCGGGGGUCGCAGCCUUGCCGUGGCGCUCGCGUUCCAGCAAGCACCUCAACGCCAGGUUCGCCCACCUGUUCGACUCAAGCCUCUACCCGAUCGCGGGGUAUAUCACGACCGAGGACAACCCAGCAGACGCGCCAUCCCGACGUCAGUGGAAGGCCAGAGGCAAGGGCAAGCCGUUCCAGACGCCCCAGAAGGUCCGCAGGCACUCCUUCAAAGGGUUGCUCGGAGUCACGGCCAUCACGCCAGGCCGCUACAGAGCAGCCAUCACGAGGGUGCUCGACCACUGGGACGCCAUAGGCUUGUGGCCCUCGGGACCCCUGGACAUUGACGAGGGGAUCGCCUAG